AUGGCCCCGAACAGUGCCGCGGUGACCGGCGUUCUAAGACAGGCGGUUUACUACCAUCUUGACAACACAUCCUACGACAACGCGUUGUUCUUUGCCGAGAGGCUGGCUGCCCACGAUUCCAGGUCGGGUGAAUCAGCAUUCUUGCUUGCUCUGAGCCACUACCGCCUAGGAGACUUCCGAUCCGCCUCCGAGAUCAGCAAACAUGCAGGAUACAGAGGUAUACAUCUCGGCUGCGCGUAUGUCUUUGCGCUCAGCGCGCUGGCUCUCGAGCGCUACAGGGAUGGCAUCUCUGCCCUGGAGAAAUCCAAGGGGCUCUGGCUCAAUCGAGCGAGUUUCGGAAAGCACACGUCCUCGGUACGAUCUCUAUAUCCUGAUGCAGCCACGGUCUACUGCCUGCUCGGCAAGCUCUACCGUGCCAUGGAUGAUAGAAACAAAGCCGUGGCCUGCUUCGAGGAGUCUCUCAAGCUGAAUCCUUUCAUGUGGGACGCCUUCACGUCCAUAUGUGACAUGGGUGCGGCGGUCAGGGUCCCCAACGUCUUCAGGGUCGGCGAGCAAUUGAUUCGUAAUUUCGACUACGACCACGGCGAUACUGCGCUUGAUCAGAAGGAUAGCGCCCCUCUGAGCGCGCUGGAACCGCUUCAUCGCAAAACGGCAAGUAGGCCAGCUGUGCAAGAUAUGACGGAUCCUUUCGAUUCAAAUCGACCUGCAGCUUUUUCAGAUGCGCCGUCCUUGUCCAACCUGAUGUCCUUGGACACCGAGGAGAACGACUUCAUGUCGAGAAUUACCGCUGCACGACUGAGGAAUGCUGCGAACCAUAACCACAACCCUAGUCCACCCCCGCCCGAUGGGACGGAGACACCUUCAGGUCCGUCACUGAAUGCUGAAGGCGCCAAUGGUAGAUCAGCUGCUCCUCAAGAACCACCGCAGGCGCCGUCACGUCGGACUAGGUCGGUCCAGACGACGGACCAAGCAUUCACGGAUGCCGUACCGAGGAUGGGUUACCGCCUAGGAGCCAGGCGAAGGGACAACAAGACGCUCGAUAAUGAGCAGUCGGCGGCCCCCGAACAGGCGCCGUCACUUCUCCGAACGGCCGCCUCAACGCUGUCCGGGAUAGACAGGAAACGAACAGUGUCGGGGCAUCCGGUACAGGCUCGCCAGAACCAAGCCGACGAAGCCGGUGCACCGCAGAGGAGAAGUGCGAGGCUGAACAUGUUCAAACCCUCCAUCACCAAGAACAAUUCUGGAGCCGCGACCAUUGGGGCAGCCGCGUCACGAGAGCUUAAGAAGGCCAGACCGCCCAUCCCCAGAGUGAUGCGGCCAGGUUCCAGUGGGUCGACAGUGGGCAGAGUCGUCAGCGGCAAUAGAAAACCACUUGAGGACAACACCAUGGACGUGGACCAUAACGAGGCGCCCAGGGUCAGGGAGGUGCCAUCCCAUCUGGGCCAGUCACAGGCUCCGAAGCCUUCGGAAAACGACGCCGCCAAGACGGAGGAGGCAUUGCGGUGGAUCAUGGACUUGAUGAAGAAGUUGGCCUCUGGCUACCAGCACCUGUCGCAAUUUCGUUGCCAAGAAGCGAUACAGUGCUACAACUCCCUCCCAAGGGCUCACUCGGACACGCCUUGGGUUCUGGCACAAAUGGGACGAGCGGCCUAUGAGCAAGCUGCAUACCCUGAGGCAGAGAAGCACUUCCGGCGCGUCCGCGUCCUAGCGCCCAGUCGCCUGGAGGAUAUGGAAGUUUACUCGACCAUUCUGUGGCAUCUGAAGAGAGAGACGGAUCUGUCGUACCUCUCGCAUGAGUUGGUAGACUCGGCGUGGCUAUCGCCGCAGGCUUGGUGCGCGCUGGGCAACGCAUGGUCCCUGGCACAGGAUCACGAGCAGGCUCUCCGCUGCUUUAAGCGGGCUACGCAACUCAAUCCGAAAUUUGCCUAUGCAUACACUCUGCAGGGGCACGAACACGUCUCCAACGAAGAGUACGACAAGGCAUUGACAGCAUACCGUCACGCACUCGCUGCAGAUCGGCGUCAUUAUAAUGCCUACUAUGGCAUCGGCAAAGUGUACGAGAAACUCGGCAACUACGAAAAAGCUUACACGCAUUACCUUACCGCGUCCAACAUCCACCCGACAAAUGCGGUCCUCAUAUGCUGUAUUGGCACCAUCCUGGAGAAGCAAAAGAACCCGACGCAGGCUCUGAGGUACUUCAGUAAGGCUACAGAUCUGGCGCCUAGAGCUGCACAGACCAGGUUCAAGAAAGCACGAGCCUUGCUCAUCCUAGGCCAAGCCGAGGCAGCGAAGGAGGAGCUGAUGAUCCUCAAGGAUCUCGCCCCGGACGAGGCUCAGGUCCACUUCCUCUUGGGCAAGCUGUUCAAGAGUCUCAACGACAAGCAGUCUGCGGUCCGGCAUUUCACAGUCGCGCUUAGUUUGGAUCCAAAGGCGAGCUCAAAGAUCAAGGAGGCCAUUGAAAGCCUGGAGGACGAUGAUGGAUACGAUGACUCAAUGAUGCAUUGA